UACCUUGCUCUGGGGAUGUUCAAUGGAAUCAUCAGCAUCAGGAAUAAAAAUGGUGAAGAGAAAGUGAAGAUUGAGAGGCCAGGAGGAGCCCUUUCCCCCAUCUGGUCCAUCUGCUGGAACCCUUCCAGCCGAUGGGAGAGUUUCUGGAUGAACAGAGAAAAUGAGGAAGCCGAGGAAGUCAUUGUCAACAGAUAUUUUCAGGAAAUCCCUUCUGCUUUGAAGUCAGCCGUGUACAGUAGUCAGGGUAGUGAGGCAGAGGAGGAGGAACCUGAGGAAGAAGAGGACAGUCCCAGGGACGACAACUCAGAUGAACAUAAUGAUAUCCUGGCUGUUGCUGACUGGGGGCAGAAACUCUCCUUCUACCAACUGAGUGGCAAACAGGUUGGGAAGGAUAGGUCACUGAACUUUGACCCUUGCUGCAUUAGCUAUUUUACCAAAGGAGAAUAUAUUUUGCUCGGUGGAUCUGACAAACAGGUCUCCCUUUUCACCAAAGAUGGAGUGCGUCUUGGGACCAUAGGGGAUCAGAGCUCCUGGGUGUGGACGUGUAAAGUUAAACCAGAUUCCAAUUAUGUGGUAAUUGGCUGCCAGGAUGGAACAAUUUCCUUCUAUCAGCUUAUUUUUAGCACAGUCCAUGGGCUCUAUAAGGAUCGUUAUGCCUACAGGGAUAGCAUGACUGAUGUGAUCGUCCAGCACCUGAUCACAGAGCAGAAAGUUCGAAUUAAAUGCAAAGAGCUCGUGAAGAAAAUCGCCAUCUACAAAAACCGACUGGCUAUCCAGCUUCCGGAAAGGAUCCUGAUCUAUGAGUUGUACUCAGAUGACUCGUCAGACAUGCAUUAUCGAGUUAAGGAAAAGAUUGUCAAGAAAUUUGAGUGUAACCUCCUGGUGGUGUGUUCUGAUCACAUCAUCCUCUGCCAGGAGAAAAGGCUACAGUGCUUGUCUUUUGGAGGCACGAAAGAGCGGGAGUGGCAGAUGGAGUCCCUUAUUCGCUACAUCAAGGUGAUUGGAGGCCCUCCUGGAAGAGAAGGCCUUCUAGUUGGCCUGAAGAAUGGUCAGAUCCUAAAGAUUUUUGUAGAUAAUCUCUUUGCCAUCGUCCUGCUCAAGCAGGCCACGGCCGUGCGGUGCCUGGACAUGAGUGCCUCUCGCAACAAGUUAGCUGUGGUGGAUGAAAACGACACCUGCCUGGUGUAUGACAUUCACACCAAGGAGCUGCUCUUUCAGGAACCCAAUGCUAACAGUGUGGCCUGGAACACGCAGUGUGAGGACAUGCUCUGCUUCUCUGGAGGAGGCUAUCUCAACAUCAAAGCCAGCAACUUCCCUGUACACCAACAGAAGCUCCAAGGCUUCGUGGUGGGUUAUAAUGGCUCCAAGAUCUUCUGCCUCCAUGUUUUCUCUAUGUCUGCAGUGGAAGUGCCCCAGUCUGCCCCAAUGUACCAGUACCUGGACCGGAAAAUGUACAAGGAAGCCUACCAGAUUGCUUGUUUAGGUGUAACUGAUGCUGAUUGGAGAGAACUGGCCAUGGAAGCCUUAGAAGGAUUGGAAUUUGAAACAGCUAAGAAGGCAUUUACCAGGGUACAAGAUCUCCGGUAUUUAGAACUGAUCAACAGCAUUGAGGAGAGGAAGAAGCGUGGAGAGACCAAUACCGAACUGUUUCUAGCAGAUGUUUUUGCCUACCAAGGGAAGUUCCACGAGGCUGCCAAGCUGUACAAGCGCAGUGGGCAUGAGAACCUGGCACUGGACAUGUAUACUGACCUACGCAUGUUUGAGUAUGCAAAGGAUUUCCUUGGAUCUGGAGACCCCAAAGAAACCAAGAUGCUGAUUACCAAACAGGCUGACUGGGCCAGAAAUAUCAAUGAGCCCAAAGCUGCAGUGGAGAUGUACCUCUCGGCAGGAGAACACAUCAAGGCCAUAGAGAUCAGUGGUGAUCAUGGCUGGGUAGACAUGUUAAUCGAUAUCGCCCGGAAACUGGAUAAAGCUGAACGAGAGCCCCUGCUGCUGUGCGCUCACUACUUCAAGAAACUGGACAAUCCUGGCUAUGCGGCGGAGACCUACCUGAAGAUAGGGGACCUGAAGUCCUUGGUGCAGCUUCAUGUGGAAACUCAGCGUUGGGACGAGGCCUUUGCUUUGGGUGAGAAGCAUCCCGAGUUUAAGGACGAUGUCUAUGUGCCCUAUGCCCAGUGGUUGGCAGAGAAUGAUCGUUUUGAAGAAGCUCAGAAAGCAUUCCACAAAGCUGGCCGUCAGAGCGAGGCAGUCAAAGUGUUGGAACAACUCACUCACAAUGCUGUGGUCGAAAGCAGAUUUAAUGACGCAGCGUAUUAUUACUGGAUGUUGUCCAUGCAGUGUCUUGAUAUAGCUCAAGACAAAAACCAGAAGAAGGAGAUGCUGGUCAAGUUUCACCACUUCCAGCACUUGGCUGAGCUGUACCAUGUUUAUCACUCCAUUCAGCGAUACACGGAGGAGCCCUUCAGUUUUCAUCUUCCUGAAACACUUUUCAAUAUCUCCAGAUUCCUACUUCACAGCCUGUCUAAGGAGACACCCUUGGGUAUCUCUAAAGUAAAUACGUUAUUCACCCUGGCCAAACAGAGCAAAGCUUUGGGUGCUUAUAAGUUGGCCCGUCAUGCCUACGACAAAUUGCAGGGUCUGCAGAUCCCUUCCAGGUUCCAGAAAUCCAUUGAACUGGGCAGCCUGACAAUCCGCUCCAAGCCCUUUCACGACAGUGAGGAGCUCGUACCCCUGUGUUACAGGUGCUCCACCAACAACCCUCUGCUCAACAACCUGGGGAACGUGUGCAUCAACUGCAGGCAGCCCUUUGUCUUCUCAGCCUCUUCGUACGAGGUUUUGCACCUGGUGGAAUUCUACCUGGAAGAAGGAAUUACUGAUGAAGAAGCUGUGGCUCUCAUUGACCUGGAGGCUCCGAGGUUAACGAAAAAGGAGAGAAAAUGGCAAGAAAUAGCCAACAAUAAUUCGCAGACGUUGAGACUCGAUGAGACUGUGGACCGCAUUGAGGAAGACGACCCAUUUACGGCCAAGCUGAGCUUUGAGCAAGGAGGCUCUGAAUUUGUUCCGGUGGUGGUGAACCGGGCGGUGCUUCGGUCCAUGAGCAGGCGGGACGUCCUCAUUAAGCGCUGGCCCAGGCCGUUGCAGUGGCAGUACUUCCGCUCUCUCCUCCCAGACGCCUCCAUCACGAUGUGUCCUUCCUGUUUCCAGAUGUUUCACUCGGAGGAUUACGAGCUUCUGGUGCUCCAACACAACUGCUGCCCGUACUGCCGGAGACGCAUCGACGAAGCCAGCCAGUGACCCUCCCCGACUCUCCUCCAGUUACCCCAAAGCCCUGCCUUUGUUAUGCCCAGGCGUUUUCAGAUUUACAAGAUAUUUGUAUAAAAAAGAUGAAACAUUUAAAACGAUCAAAAUGUUUUCUGUCCAGAUGAAAAUUAUUUUGGGGGAUCGGGGAGUGGGGAGGAAAGUGUAACUAGGGAAUUUCUAUUUAUGGCAUUUUCUGCUUUGUAAAUAGCACCAUGAGAUGGAAAAGAGAACGUACAUAUAUUUUCUAUUAAAAAAAAUCUGUUACUCUUGAAGUUGAUUGGAGUUGUUCAUAGCAGCCUGCUGGAGUCCACAGAUCUGUCAGACCAUUAGCAUGUACACUUUGCGAACAGAUUGCCUCAAUAAUUGCAAA